CUCCUUGGGGAAUCCAAGCUAGAACAGUUCCUGAAAGAAAACCCAUUUAAACAAGGGGCCAGUCCUCGAGGUCCCAGGCCAAAGUUGACGGAGGUUCGGAAACACCUGACUGCUGCACUAGACCGUGGGAACCUUAAGUCAGAAUUCUUACAAGAAUCCAAUUUGAUCAUGGCCAAGUUGAACUACGUGGAAGGGGAUUUCAAAGAAGCACUCAACAUUUAUGAUAGGGUGGGCCUGGAUGACUUGCUGCUGACAGGAGUUCCACCUUACAGGUUGCGAAUGGUUGCCGAAGCAUUUUCUACCAAAGGUCUUUGUUUAGAGAAGUUGCCAAUUUCUUCUUCUGCUAGUAAUCUUCAUGUAGACCGGGAGCAAGAUAUCAUUACCUGCUAUGAGAAGGCAGGGGACAUUGCUCUCCUUUACCUCCAGGAGAUAGAAAAGGUACUCAUUACUAAUAUUCAAAAUAGAAGUCCUAAGCCUGGGCCUGCACUUCAUGAUCAAGAACUAGGUUUUUUCCUAGAAACAGGACUACAGAGAGCUCAUGUCCUUUACUUCAAAAAUGGGAACUUGACAAGAGGAGUCGGUAGAUUUAGAGAGAUUCUAAGAGCUGUUGAAACAAGAACUACACAAAACCUGCGAAUGACGAUAGCCAGGCAGUUAGCAGAAAUUUUGUUAAGGGGUAUGUGUGAACAGAGCUACUGGAAUCCUCUGGAGGAUGCUCCAUACCAGUCACCUCUCGAUGAUCCCCUCAGGAAAGGAGCCAAUACGAAAAACUACUCUCUCCACCGAAAAGCCCGAGUAUACACAGGAGAAAACAUUUUUUGCCCCCAGGAGAAUACUGAGGAAGCCCUCUUGUUGUUGCUGAUCAGUGAAUCAAUGGCAAACCGGGAUGCUGUAUUGAGCAGGAUUCCAGAGCACAAAAGUGACCGCAUCAUCAGUUUACAAAGUGCAUCUGUGGUCUAUGAUCUAUUGACUAUAGCUUUGGGAAGAAGAGGCCAAUAUGAAAUGCUGUCAGAGUGUUUAGAAAGAGCUAUGAAGUUUGCAUUUGAGGAGUUCCACCUCUGGUACCAGUUUGCAUUGUCACUGAUGGCUGCAGGAAAAUCUGCUCGUGCUGUGAAGGUUCUGAAGGAAUGUAUCCGUUUGAAACCUGACGAUGCUACCAUUCCUCUCCUGGCUGCAAAGUUGUGUAUGGGUUCCCUUCAUUGGUUGGAAGAAGCUGAAAAUUUUGCCAAAAAUGUAGUUGACAUGGGAGAAAAAACUUCAGAGUUCAAAGCCAAAGGUUACUUAGCUUUGGGGCUCACUUACAGUCUGCAGGCCACUGAUGGUAAGAUUAGGUGGGGGCAGGAAUUUAUAAAUAAUUUGAAUUUUUUCAGAGCUCACAGUUUGUCACCUACGGACCACCUAGCAGCUUUUUAUCUGGCUCUGCAGCUGGCCAUAUCCAGACAGAUACCAGAAGCAUUGGGCUAUGUUCGCCAAGCUCUUCAACUCCAAGGGGAUGAUGCCAACUCUUUGCAUCUCCUUGCCCUCUUAUUGUCAGCUCAGAAACAUUACCAUGAUGCUCUGAACAUCAUUGACAUGGCCCUGAGUGAAUAUCCAGAAAACUUUAUAUUACUGUUUUCCAAAGUGAAGUUGGAGUCACUCUGUCGGGGCCCAGAUGAGGCCCUUCUUACCUGCAAGCACAUGUUACAAAUAUGGAAAUCUUGUUAUAACCUCACUAAUCCCAGUGAUUCUGGACGUGGGAGCAGUCUCUUAGAUAGAACCAUUGCUGACAGACGACAGCUUAAUACAAUCACUUUGCCAGACUUCAGCGAUCCUGAGACAGUGUCAGAUUCCUCUUCCUCCUCCUCUUCUCUUUCAAGAACAGAAUCUCCUCUCCACCUGUUUGUAUCUACUCAUCUUCCUCAUUCUCAUCCCAAACCUGACACUUUUGUGCGGCCCCGGGGAGCUUAUUCAGUCAGUGACCCAGCCCCGCACCCGGAACCCUCUCUCUGCAACUCUCCAGAAGCAUACGUUCAUGGUUUUUCUUCCCUUUUUUCAGUUAGUUCAGUUCAUGCCACCUCCAUAGCGGCCUCUAGAGUGGAACAGGCCCUCUCAGAAGUGGCUUCUUCUUUGCAAAGUAGUGCCCCCAAGCAAGGACCUUUACACCCCUGGAUGACUCUGGCUCAGAUUUGGCUCCAUGCAGCUGAAGUCUACAUUGGAAUUGGCAAGCCUGCAGAAGCAACAGCAUGUACCCAGGAAGCAGCUAACCUCUUUCCAAUGUCUCACAAUGUCCUCUACAUGCGAGGCCAAGUCUCUGAACUCCGGGGAAACAUUGACGAAGCCAGACGUUGGUAUGAAGAAGCCUUAUCCAUCAGUCCCACUCAUGUAAAGAGCAUGCAGAGAUUGGCUCUGAUCCUUCACCAGCUGGGUCGAUACAGUUUAGCAGAGAAGAUUCUCCGCGACGCGGUCCAGGUGAACUCCACGGCCCACGAGGUCUGGAAUGGCCUCGGGGAGGUCCUCCAAGCUCAGGGCAACGACACGGCCGCUACUGAGUGUUUCCUGACUGCGCUGGAGCUCGAAGCCAGCAGCCCCGUCGUGCCGUUCACCAUCAUUCCCCGAGUGCUCUGAGGGGGCCUCGGCCACAGGCUGGCCUCCACCACGGCUGGAGGUGAAGCCAAGGACACGCUUGCCAGAGCCGGUGGACCACACUAGCUGGCUGGGGGUGGAGGGAACCUCAGGCCCCCAGGAGAUGGGGGUCAACACAAUGGAAAGGGAAGCGUUCGAUCAUUAUCGCAAGGAGGGAGGAAUUAAAUGAAUCACUGAGGCUGUAGAUGAAUGUUCAAUUGACCAAGAUGAUAAACCAAACAACUAAAAUCAUGCUCAAUUCAUGUAUUUUUGGGGGUUUUGUUUUUUUUGGGUUUUUUGUUGUGGUUUUUUGUUGUUGUUGUUGUUGUUUUUGCCUCAUGGUCGUUUUUGAUUCUAAUGAUGUUGUUUAAAAUGGAUUAUGUGCCAUAUUUUGUUAGAUGACAUCUGAGUGCUCUAUAAAAUGAUUACAGAAUCAAUCAACAAAUGUAGAAUAAGAUAUUCAAAGUGAAAAUUCAGUGGCAGAACAGAUUAUUUUUAGCAAACCUGUCAUGAAAACUGUUCCCUCUUUCCCACUAUUACCCUGACUCCUACCCUUGGCCCAGAAACCAAAUGUGACAUUUCUGCUUCCUGUCUCAGUACUAGUCAAAGCCAGAAGACCGGCUGACAAGUUCUUGGUUUUGUUGUCAAUAAUUGUAAUGUGUGGCUGAUAAUUGUCUUUAUUUAGAACAAAGCCUGAGUCCAAGAAUAUUUAUAUUUUACCAAUAUAUGCCUGUUACAAGAGAAGGAAAUAUGAGUUAUUUAAGUUUAACUUUUUUAUGUGAAUUCAGAGUUUAUUUAUCAAUGGAAAUAUGUAAAAAAGAAGCUUCAAAUGGAAUAUUUACCAACAUUCCUUAUACAUUACCUACACUUGGCUAAAUGGAAAGAUGAUGUUAAUAAUAAAAUGAUUUUUAAAUGGA